UUGCAAUGACGUCAUAUUUCGCCAGUCACGGGUGUUGAUCAUGUUAGUCUUCGGCUUUUGAGCGUGCACUGUUACGUUCGUCGUCUGCGUAUUUUCGUUUUCUAAUCAUCAUUUUCAACUCAAUACAUAGUGGGAAGGAAUUUUAUUCAAACCAAGCAAAGUGGACCAAUGAGCGCCCACCAUGGAUCAAGAAUCUAGUCGACCAACCAAGACUUAACUUAACAACACCAGCCAGUAGUAAACGACACCCACGCGGACAAGACCAGGCGAUCUAGGUCAGCGUCAUUUUGACGAUAAAGACUCGCGGCUUCACAGUAUGUCUGUACCUGUUACUGCGCCAAGUUUGUAUCGCAAUUUAAAAGGAGUUUUUGCAGUUCACAAGCAUGCUGGAGUUACCUGUUCUACCCUCGGAAAUAUCAUUUUGCAAAAAAUCGUUUCAGAUCUAGGAACAUAUGAACAACGGCCUCAGAAACCAAUGGUUAAAUUUGUGCCUCGUCCAGGCGAAAACAAUCUACUUCUAGACGGAAAAAGGAGAUCGAAAUCGAGCACAAUUGCUGAACGAAAUUUAGCGAUGUUUAAUUAUGUUCCAGCUAAUGUGGAUGAUUUGUUUGAUCAUCCUUCAGUUCAAGGCCCAAGAUAUAGUUAUGAAGAUUUUGAAUUGACUUUCGGAAACACGUUAGAUGUUUUGUCUUCUGGUAUUCAAUUAUUCGGCCUUCAGACUACCGGAAAAGAAAUGAUAAACAGUUUAUCGAGAUUGCGUUUUCCGAGAUCUUACUAUCUAUAUGGAAAGUUUGGACUUGCAACAACAAAGUUCCAUAAUGAUGCAAAAGUAACUGAACGGACGACAUGGGACCAUAUUUCUGAAACUAAAAUUACAAGAUUGCUUUGUAUGAUUCAAGGCAGCUAUAGGAACGCUUUCAUAAAGAGUUCAAAUCUAGAUCUUGAUUCUCAACUUGCUUAUGAAAUGGCAUCAAAAGGACUUUUGAGACCUCAGACACCCACUGGUCCAAUGAUAAUGGAUAUUAAGUUACAUAAACUUAAUCCACCUGAUUUUGUUAUAGAUAUUACAUGCAUAACCGAAAGCGGACAGUUUUUAAGAAAACUGAUUCACGAAAUCGGACUCGAAUUACGUUCCACUGCAAUUUGCACAAAAGUUCAUUGUUAUCGUAACGCUAUAUUUUUUGAUGAAGACGACUCAACAUUUUUAAUUCGGGAAUUGAAAGCCGAUAAAUUAGCGGAGGUUAUGAAAAAAAAUAGUUCCAAUUUAAUAAGUCUAUUUAAGGAAAAACGAGCUGUAUAUUAUACUGCUUCCUCAGCCCCGGAUGAGGAAAGCGAUUUUCCUUUUCAAAGUAAUGAAUCUGUUGGGUGAUAUGUUUUGAUUGGUUGUCAGGGUGCGGUACGAUACUAGGGUACUAGUCACCCUCCCACUGUUUUGUUGCUCUCUUGGGUGGGAGGCUCACAGGCCCCUGGUUAGGGACCGCUGUACUGGUCUCUAGUACAGUUCGACUCCAUGUGUGGAAAUACAAGCUUCUUAUUAUUUCUUCGCUUUUGAUCUAUGGUAGGAUAUGCCAUGGUGCAAGAAAUGAUAACAGACCACGGAAUUCAUGUCCUGUGAUGAUAUCACAGUCAAUUAAUUAGCCAUGACUUCUCUAUCCAAUAUGCGGUAUGUAUAUUUCUAUGCUGAACGAAUGAUGAUGUCUUGCAGAUCAUCAUUGUUUUCAUACAGCAAUGAAUCUUGCACAAAUAGAAUUUUCUACGGAGGUAAUUGUGAUACUAAUUUUGAUUGAAUUCACUGGGGCUCUGAAUUUAUUUAUUGCCAACUCAAUGCAUAUAUAUAUAUAUAUAGCAUUUACCCAGCACUUUGUCCGAAGGAAAAUCUAAGCUGUCGUUGUUAUCGUACCAUUUUUUUUGCGUUGGAUAAGUGGGUGACCACUGCUGUUUUGAAAAUGUGAUUUUCUGAUGAAGAAAAAAAAUUAAAAUUUUUGCGCUCUGGAUACUGUUUCAAUAAAUAUUCAAACUGAAA